CUUGUGCUCAGUAUAGUUGCGAAUCAGAACUGGAGAUGUCGCAGAUGCUGCAGCUGGACGCUUUGGUCACCAUGUUGGCCUGUCUGACCACAACGCAAAACGAUCUGGGCAGUCAGAUGAUUCCCCUUACUAAUUCGACAACUGAGAGCUGUCCGCUGUCCACAUUUAGUGGACUGACAACACGAAUUCAGACAUUAUCCACAGAGAUCGCGAGCUUUAAGGAAAAAAUAAGUGACUUGCAGGAGCAACUGGUGGAUCUUCGUCGCUCAGGUGCACCGCGAAUAAUUAGCACUCCUGCAGUGCCCAGAGGUUUCAGCUCACGGAUUUAUGAAGCUGCACCUCGCACGCUGGCGGUCGCAGCAUCGCCAUCGGCAGCAAUUUUGCCGGGCAAAGUUGGCUUGGAGGUGUUGACCAGCGAGCCAAGCACCCCGCUCAAUUGCCUGAAGCAGCAGCACGGCGUUGUGCGCAUCCGUCCACGCGCCAACAUCGAUCCGUUCUUUGUGUUCUGCGAUCAGAAGACACGCGGCGGUGGCUGGACUGUGGUUGUGAAUCGUUUCGAUGGCAGCGAAGACUUCAAUCGCAAGUGGGCGGACUAUAAGAUUGGCUUUGGGCCGUUGACGGCGGAGUUCUUUUUGGGGCUGGAGAAAUUUCAUCAGAUUAGUAGCAGCGAAGACUGCGAGUUGUUGGUGCAGCUGGAGAAUCGCAAGCAGGAACCACGCUAUGCCAUCUAUGAUCAUUUCAGCAUUGGAGGGGAGUCCGAACAGUAUCGCUUAAAUGUGUUGGGAAAGUAUCAAGGCGAUGCCUCCGAUGCUCUGCGCCAGCAUACGGGCAAAAAGUUUAGCACCUUCGACAAGGAUAACGAUGAGAGCGAAUCGAAUUGUGCUGUUGCCCAAUCGGCAGCCUUUUGGUAUGGCAACUCGUGUACUUUAAGUAAUCCAUUCGGACUUUAUCAGCGACUGCUUGAGCGCGAUGUGGACAGCUUUAAGGGCAUCUUGUGGCGUGGUUUUCUCGAUGGGCCCAAGGGAUCUUUAAAGCGAGUGCGUAUGCUUUUAAGGCCACGCUCCAAUGGCAAAAGUUAAAGGUGUCCCUUUUGCCACACAUGAAGCUAAUCGAAAUCUAUACUCGUAUUAUAUGUUUAUAAAUAUUUUAUGCUUAAGUAUACAGUCUAAAAUCUUAAGAAGCGCUGCAGUGAUUUGAAAAAAUGAGAAUACUACAUUUUUGUUUGUUUUUCUAUAAAUGUGGUAAUACAUAUUGUAUAACAAACCAUAUAAAAAAGCGCAUUUAAUAAUAAUUUCAAUUAAAUAAUUAAAAGUAGUUCAUAGUUUUGUUGACUUUAAUACAUUCGAACUUACCAGAAGUUAAGUCGCAAUUAUCAAGAACUUUCAGAACUGUGUUUGUUGAUUAGUUGUCUAAAGCUGGCGGUUGAAGGUUUCUUUUUAUUCCGCGCAUAUUUUAU